GUGUUGCUCGAGCACAAAACCAGAAAAUGUCAAAAAUACCCCCGUUGCCCCUCCAGCCCUAACUCCCCUUAGUUAAUCAAGCCUCUCUGCUUCCUCUUCCGUCGCGGCGGCGAGGCCACGCCACCAGUCGACGGCUCGACGCCUCUUGCCGAUUUUCUCCGGCUCGCCGGCCUCUUUGUCUUGCCGAACGCGCACGCCUCCAGGCCUCCUUUCGCCGAAGCGAAGCACGCCGCCUCCAAGGAAAGGAAGCAGUUUCUCUCUCCUAGUUGUUCUCCUGGACGCCCCUCUACUGGAGUGGCGUGGAGUGGAGAUCCAUCCCGACUUCGGAUAUUUUUCUUCUUUUUUUGUUGGAGAAGACAUGGCUUCACGCGUGACACCUUCUAAGAGGCCGUUUCAGAAGAAUUCUUCAGACCACAACAUCCGGGGCAAGUGGAAGAAGACAAAGCAUGCUUCUUCACAGCAUGCUCAGCUGAAGAUACGGCCCGGUGUUCCCAUUUUUCGCAUUCUUUGCCCUGCUUCAAAAUCUGGAAAUAUAAUUGGUAAAGGAGGCGGUGUCAUUGCCAAGAUACGGCAAGAAACCGGAGUGAAAAUUACGGUAGAGGAAGCAGUCCAUGGUUGUGAUGAGAGAGUUAUUGUCAUAACUGCCAUUGAGAAGGAUAAAGAAACUAGCCGUGAGCUAGAUGCAGAGAACGAUGGAGGUUUUACUGUUUCCGCUGGUGGUGACCAUGAGAAGGAUAAAGACAACAGUAAGGAGAAGAAGGAUGAUUCAGAGAAAGACCACAGUAAGGAGGAAAAGGAUGAUUCAGAGAAAGACCACAGUAAGGGGGAAAAGGAUGGUUCAGAGAAAGGCAAUAGUAAGGAGGAAAAUGAUGAUUCAGAGAAAGACAACAGUAAGGAGAAAAAUGGUGAUCCGGAGAAAGAUAAUAGUAAGGAAGAAAAGGAUAAUUCGGAGAAAGACCAUCAUAAGGAAGAAAAGGAUGGUUCAGAGAAAGACCACAGUAAGGAAGAAAAGGACGAUCCAUUUGUAGCAAAAGAUACAAAGUCAGAACCGGAGAGGGAAAUACCAUCAGCGUUGAAGGCCAUUUUUCUUGUAUUUGAUAGGAUUUUUGCAACUGAAGAUGAAAAUGAAACCGGGAAUGCAUCAGGUGCGAGAACUCCUGUUUCUUUACGUUUAUUGGUGCUAUACAGCCAAGCAGGUUGGCUUUUGGGGAAGAGCGGUAGCGUGAUUAAGCAAAUGUCAGUUGAUAAUGGCUGUGAAAUCCGUGUUUCAAGGGAUAGGCUUCCACCAUGUGCGUUAUCCCAAGACAGACUUUGCCAGAUCACUGGAGAGGUUGACUCAGUACGGAAAGGUCUGAAUGCAGUAGCUGAAGUGCUCUUUGCUCAUCUACCCAAGGAAAGCGACAUAGCUUCUGGUGUUCAUCCUUCUGGAUCAUCAUCGCACUCUUUGUUCAGUCGGUCAGAUGGUCUUCAUUCUGGAAUGCAAUCUAACUUCCAUAUUCCUUUUCAAGGGCCAUCCCAAGCCAAUGGACCUUAUGAUAUAAUUGACAUUCGGCCAAAUAUUGCUCCAUUUCCCACUUUGCCUGAAGCUCCAAUACAUGGCCAUGCCUCAGUUCCUGUAGAACCCCUCACAUUUAGGUUACUGUGUUCAAAAGACAAGGUUGGCAGUAUAAUAGGGAGGGGUGGAAAUGUUGUCAAUAGUAUUCAGAAUGAUACAGGCUGUGAAAUAAAAGUUCUUGAGACUGUUCCAAAAUCAGAAAACCGCCUCAUAAGUAUAUCUGGACCUGCGCAUCCCGGUGACGGAAUUUCCCCUGCUCAGAAUGCAAUUCUGCAUGUGCAGCGUAAAAUUGCGUUGCCUACCUAUGACAAGGAGGAGGGUCCUGCAAUAUGUAGGCUGAUCGUUUUGCCUAACCAAGUUGGUUGCCUUCUGGGCAAAGGUGGUAGUAUCAUAGCUGAAAUGCGGAAGCUAUCAGGAGCUCAUAUAGUAGUGCUGAGCAAAGAUAAGAUCCCAAGGGGUGUCCCACAAAAUGAUGAAGUUAUUCAGAUAAGCGGGGACUGUGAAGCUAUUCAAGAAGCUCUAAUGCAGAUAACUGCUAGGCUUCGUAACCAUCUGUUCCGGGACAGAAUGCCUGCAGUGGGUCCUAAUAUGCCACCUUUUGGUUUGCUAGAUUCUCAAUUUGGUCCACACACGGGAAACCAUGAGUCUUCAUCUCUGUUUCAUAAAGAUUUUAUGGGACGGCCAUUGGAUGGGAUCUCUGCUCCUUGGAACGCAAAGGGUAUGCAUGAUGUUGGUGAUCCAAUGUCAAUAUCUGAUAUCCCAGGAGCAGCGCAUAGAGGACUUGGUGCAUUUUCUGGUCCUGGCCAGUCAUCUAUGAUGCCAAACUUAACUGCAGAGGUCUUGGUUCCAAGAUUAGCUAUUCCUGCUCUCUGUGGGGAAGAUGGAGGUUGUUUGGAUAAGAUCCGUGAGUUUUCAGAAGCUAAGAUAGCAGUCACUGAACCUAUAGCUGAGGCUAUGGACGCUGCUAUUCUAAUAUCUGGCACACCAGACCAGAUGCAUGCAGCCCGAAGUCUUAUUCAAGCAUUUGUUAUAAGUGAAUCAUUUGCCCCAUGAUGUUUGGAUUCUCCGAAAGUGAUGCAUCUCCUUCUAAUGUUAUGUUCCUUUCUUCUGGGCAAAACAUAUAUUUAUCUAGAGCAGUUGGUGGAGUUUAGGGUGAUGCUAAUUGUGUAGGCAAUGAAGCUAGUGAUAAAAUGUAUGUUCAUGUUUGUGAAUAUGCAUCCCUGUUUGCAGAGUGGCAUGUGCUCGAAGAGGUUAAUUAGGCUGAAUAGAGACUAAAAUCUCCCAAACUCACUGCUUGGGAUAUGGAACACAUUUUGGGUAGUACCGGAAUUGUAUUGCUUAUGCUAGUAUUUUUGGAAUCGGAAAGCUUCUAUCCUUUUUGUAUGAGAAAUCCCAGCAUGCUGAUGUUGCGGAAUGUAAACUUUUAUAAGAACUAGGCUACUAGUGAUUAUUUCCAUUUCCUCAAAUAUCUGUAAUUCUGUAUCUCUGGGAAGCACCAAUGCGUCCGCAAGUGAUAUGUAUUCAUCACUGGUUUAAUUUCCCCUUCAAAAUAUCGAGUUCACAUGGUUAGCUAUA